CAGCCGGAGCUGGGGUUCCCUGCCCUCCCCCCCCCACCAGGGAGCCCAGAACGUGUCACUCCCCAGCCGCCCACCCAGCGACCGUGACCUCAGCCCGUCUCCUGCACCCCUCCACCCCCGACGGCUUCAGCCCUGGAACCACUUAUUUUCGAGUCCCACCUUCCGGGCUUUGCCCAGGCUGUUCUCUCUGCCGGGAAUGCUGUUCCCUCCUGGGGGGCCGAGGGGCAGUGAGCCGGAAGCCCCCCCGCCGCCCCGCCCCGCGCCGGCCUGCGGGCUAACAGAUUGCACCGGCGUUUCCUGUGACAGGUCAGCCGGUCCUGGGAGGCGGCCCAGGCGGCCGUUCUGGGGAGUCUGUCCCCAAGGACCCCCUCCGCCCCGCAGUCACUGCCAUCCUGAAGGUGCCACCCUCGCACGCCCCCCACUCUGACCUCCUCCCCCAGCAUGAGUGGCCCUGAGCCCCCCACGGAGACCCGGGGGCCCGACGACCCCACCUUGCCGACUCAGCCCACCUACAUCAACCUCGGGGAGGUCCGAGCCCACCUGCUGCCUUCCAAGGCCUGUCGCCCCCGGACGACCGAGGCCCUGCCCACCGCCCCGCAGCCCGCGCCCCCACCGCUGCCCAGGAAGACGCUGACCAGGACCCAGUCCGUGCCCACCCACCGGCCCGCCAGCCCCGGCCGCGCGCCCCGGGGCCCGCCGCGCAGGCCCCUCCUGGGCUCCCGCAGCCUGGACGAGGGCCAGGCGGGCGGCGACGAGGCCGGGCCCCCGUGUCCCCCCGCGGAGCCGGCCCUCGGCCCCCCGGACGCGGCGCUGGGCCUCUCCGUGCGCGACCUACAGCGCCCCGAGGCCGUGCGCGCCGCGCUAGAGGCCUGGCAGCUGGGGGCGCUGCGCGCCGUGCAUGCGCGCCUGCGGGCGCGGCUCCUGGGGGGCCACCCGGGCCCCUGCCACCAGGGCCACGCGCUGCGCCUGCUGGACGGCUCGCCAUGCGCCGAGAGCGGGGACGCACUCUACUACCGCGUGGUGCGUGUGGACGGGGACGCCUGGCACGUCCUAGCUGCCAAGGUGCCCAAGCCGGGAGCCGAGGAGCCCCACCCCUGGGGCCUGGAGCUGCAGGCCUCGCUGGCCCCCCACUUCAACCUCCAGGGGCUGUGCGGCCUGGUGCCCGAGGGCGCGGUGCCCCAGGCUCCCUGGAGGGGCCCCGUGGCGCUGGCGGCCGAGGUGCCCGAGCGCACGGUGGCCCAAUGGCUGGCGGAGGAGGGCACAGUGCGGCCACUGGUGGAUGUGGCACGCGCGGGGGCCCUGCUGCUGCUGCAGCUGAGCGCCGCUCUGGAGCUCCUGGAGGCGCGGGGCGCGGUGCUGGCCGAGCUGCGGCCCGAGAACCUGUUGCUGGCCGCGCCCCGGGGCUGCGCGGCCGCCGGACCCCCGCGCCUGCUGCUCGCCGACUUCGGCCGCGUCCGCCCAUGCCCCCGGGGCCCCCCGGGCACCCACGCGGAGCCGUUCGCCCACCUGCUCCGCACGUUGCUCGGCCCCGCCGUGGCCUCGGCCGCGCCCUUGGCCCGGGGCCUGGAGCGCCUGGCGACCCAGCUGGCCCUCUCGCGGCCCUCGGCGGCCCAGACCCGCGGCGCGCUGCAGGCGCUGCUCUGGGGGCCCGGGCCCGAGCUGCACGGCCGCGGGGCCCCGCUGGGGCCCUGGCUGAGGGUGCGCCGUGCGCUGCUGGUCCUGCAGCUGGCCGAGCGGGCGGCGGGUGGGGAGGCGCCCGGCCUCGAGGACUGGCUGUGCUGUGAGUACCUGGCCGAGGCCACCGAGGCCUCGCUCAGCCAUGCCCUGGCGCUGCUGUGGGGCUGACCCCUCCCCGGAGCCACGCGCCUGUCCCAGGGCUGGAGCUGGUGGCAGGGUCUCCACGGUCGGGGGGACGCCCCUUCCAGAAGGAAUCAGGGUGGCCAAGAGGGCACCCGUGUGGACACUCCCAUUUCCAACGCCAGCCCCACUCUGUGCUGGGCACUUAGGCCCGAGGCCUCCCCAAGAAUGCAGGGGACCCCAUUCCCGGGCUGCGAGCUGAGGGCCAGGGCCAGCUGGGGCUGCCCAAUGCCAGGGCUGCCACCCGCCUCCCCGGGGGCACACUCCUGCCAAUCCACCAUCAUCUCCGAGUGUGGGGAGGCCCUCCCCUCCUCCAGCAGAAGUCAGGUGCCCUCGUGGUGCUGGGCUCUGAGAGUCACCGUGGCCCUAGCAGCAUCUGGGGGUUCCUGGCCCCGGGGCACCCCCUUAGGCUGAGCGUGGCCAGCGGUUGCGUGAGUGUGUCUUUGUCACAAACUGUCAUGGUUUUGGGGAGGGGCGGCCCCCCAGCACAGCCUCCUGGAGAAUCUGAAGGCACCUGCUCACCCGUCCCGUGGCUUCCCUGCCCUGCCACCUCCGCCACCCCCUCCCCGCUGUCCCUCUGUGACACUAGGAGCUGCCAGCCUUUGCAGGGGCUGUUGUCUCUGUUGGAGCCCCAGCUCCUCUAAGGAAAUAAAGGCGCCUCCUGGCC